AAAUGAGCUGUGAGCUGACACUUCCUUUGCUUAACUACAGAUAUGGAUCCCACGUUAUGGAAAAAGUCCUCCAGAUGGCAGAAGGGAUUGAUGUUGGUGAGAUGCCAUCCUUCGAGUUGGUGCCGGGCACUAAGGCAGCCAAAAGACCGCGAUCCCCACUCGAUGACUCUCCCCAUAGCUGCGAAGCUCCAAGGAAGCAAGUUCCCAAAUUCCGGGUCAGGCCUCGCUUUGAGCCAAUCCACUUUGUCACCAGCAACACCCAACAGCAAAGAAAAGAGCAGUCUUCUGAAAACCAAGUGCAAGAUGCCUGUGAGAACAUCACCACCCAGCAAAUCCAAACCUAUGCUGAUCGGGUUUUUAGCAGCUUCAGCACCCAAGAUGGGGACCCCCAGUUUUCAAGUUCAGUAGGCUUAGGCUAUGGAAGUAGCCAGGUCAAACAGCCUGAAGCUAAGGCGGUUCCAAAAAGUAAAGAGACUUCUACCACUGGGGGUACGGUGGCUUCUGCGGGAUCUCCUCUCCUCCAAGCCUCUUCCGAAACCUUCCCCAAAUCGGUUGUAACAGCCAAGCAGUGUUUCAUUAACAAGCUCAUGACGGCUGUCCGCAACAAUCUUGCUAACCCCGAUUGUAGCGGUGGGUCGGACAAAAUUAACUACACGUAUCUUUUGACGCGGUCUAUUCAGGCUUGCAAGACAAACCCCGAGUAUAUUUAUUCUCCCCUGAAGGAAAUUUCCCCUGCUGAUCUUCCCAAGAAGAAGAAGCUGCUUAAAGAAGGUUUUGCCUGUGAGGUGAGGUGUCAGAAUGUGUAUCUGACCACGGGCUACGCGGGCAGCAAAAAUGGUUCCAGGGACCGAGCGACUGAGCUGGCGGUGAUGCUGCUACAAAAGCCCGUUGAAGUCAAAGUAGUUCAGCGAAAGUUCAAGAACACCACGCGGGAGGAUUUGGUUUUGUGUGAGAGUGGGGCAUCUCCUCCUGAAUUCCCACCAGCACUCAAACCACUGGAUGACUUGAACCCCCCCGUGAAGGAUGGUGUGUCAGGGCAGCCAAGUUCUGAUCCGCAACAAGGACCCAGUUCAGCGAAGCACUGGACUAACUUUGUCCUCACUGAAAAUGCCAGUGAUGCAAUUGGCAUUUUGAACAAUUCUGCCUCUUUUAACAAAAUGACUGUUGAAUACAAAUACCAGCUGAUGCCCAACCGUCUGUGGCGUUGCAGUGUCUAUUUGCAGGGGCACUUCUUGGCUGAAGGCUACGGCACCAAGAAAACCAGCAAACAUGCUGCGGCGGAUGAAGCAGUAAAAAUCUUGCAGAAGACUCAGUCCAACGUGGGUGCUGCCAAAGCUGUCCAGGUUCAGAAAGUGGGUGGGGCUGCCCGCAACCCUGCUAAGAAGAAGAAUCUGAAGGACCUUGUGGUGUAUGAAAACUCCAUGAAUCCUGUCUGUACUCUGAAUGACACAGCUCAGUUCAAUAAGAUGACCGUGGAAUAUGUCUUUGAAAGGAUGACCGGAAUGCGAUGGAAGUGUAAAGUAAUGCUUGAGAAUGAAUUAAUCGCUGAAGCGAUCGGCGUUAAGAAAACGGUCAAGCACGUGGCAGCCGAGGAGGCAGUGAAAGUCCUCAAGAAGACCCAGCCAACGGUUGUCAACAAUUUGAAAAAGGGCACCAUUGAAGACGUUAUUUCCAGGAACGAGAUUUGCGGGCGCUCGGCUGAAGAAGCAUUGAAGCAGCAGAUCAAGGAAGACAACAUUGGGAAUCAGAUUUUAAGGAAAAUGGGCUGGACAGGUGGUGGCUUGGGCAAAAGUGGGGAAGGGAUCCGGGAGCCCAUUGCGGUGAAGGAGCAGUUCAAAAGGGAAGGGCUGGGACUUGAUGUCGAAAGAGGGUCACAGAUCACCAAAAAAGAUAUUGAGCAGAUCAUCCAAAAUUAUGCUUUCUCGGACAGGAAGAUUGAUCUGACUUUUUCCACAGAACUCACCAAUGAUGAGCGAAAGCAGAUUCAUCAAAUAGCCCAAAGAUACGGGCUUAAAAGCAAAUCCCACGGCCAGGGCCGUGAUAGGUACCUGGUGGUAAGCCGGAAGAGGCGUAAAGAGGACUUGCUAGACCAGCUGAAGCAAGAUGGCCAAGUUGGCCAUUACGAACUCAUAAUGCCACAGGAGAAAUAGGGUGAAAACCCUAUGUUUCUCCCAAGGAGUCUGGACAGGAACCAGGCUUCCAUUAAACAGAACAAAGGCUGUAUAUUGUUGUGGAAAAAUUGAUUCAAAUAUGUUUUCCCUGCUCAUUUUAAUUUCUUAAACUUUACUAGAAAAUGUUGCAGCCAUCUCCAGGGUUCUGUCUAAAUACAUGUCGUGCAAUCUGGAUAACAUUUGUACCGUUACCUGUUUUAGGAGUCUCUCAGAAAUGGCUUUUUUCCCUUCACAUUUUAAGAGUUUGGUAAUAGCAGGAACAUCUGCUCAGCAGGAGAGGAGAGGGACCCUCACACCAUUUUUAAAAGGAUUAUCUUUUUAUUUUUGCCUUUUUAAAACAAAAGGGAGAAAAAAGGAAGAUGGCAGUGUAAAGAAAAGUAUAUGUAAAGUCGGUCUUAAUAAUAAAUAGAUUUUUAUUGCUGGGCAUGCAUGGAAGGGCAUGUUUUAUAUUUAAAAUGUUGUGGGCAUAGAGGGACAAAACUAUUUUCAGCAUAUUCAAAUGUGAUAUCACUACAGUAUUUGACCAUUUGGUUUACUUGAACCAUGCCAACCAUGAAACCAGAGCGGGAUGCAGAAAUAGCAAAUCCUAAAAUAGCAAAUCCUAAAAAUCUUUCUUUUGGACAGUGUGUGCUUUUUUACAAUUAAGAGUUUAAAACUAGUCUUGGUUUCAUUGAUUUCAGAGGGGGAAAAAUUGCAACUGGCCAAAAUCAAGGGCUGAGCCUCUGUCACAGGAUUCUAGCUCUCCCGCUUAAAACUAAACAAUGGAAGCUCAGGGGACAUAGCUUGUGAAUGCCAUGUUGUAGGGGUACAUGGAUAAAGGAGUCUCUCUCCCUCUGUCGCAUCAGGAUUAACACAAGUUAGCAGAGGCAGCCUUGCCUAAUUUGUGCAAUUCCCAACAAAGCCGCCAUCUGUAAUAUGAGAUGGGGGCUUCUACAUUUCAGAAUAAGACAAUACAUUAUUGCAUUUCCAUCAACAGUAAGAUUUAACUUUGGAGGAGGAGGAGGGGGGCAUUUCUUGUACCCUGUCAAGCUUUUUUUUUUUUUUUUUAAUGGGAAUGGACAGGAUGGAGUUUCAUUUAUUUCUCCAUGAAGCUUCUACGUAUUCUUACUGUUUCCUUUGUGUAAAUGUGCUUGUAUAUUUCACAGAGAGAUCAGCAAGUAAAAGAUUCUCUCGCUGAAGUAACGUUGUGAUUUGCGUGCAGUACAUAUUUCUGAUCCUUUCUCUUUAUAGGCUUUUUCUUCCAACUACAGGAACCUUUGGAGAACAUCGAGACUUGUUUUCCCAUUUCACCCCAUCCUCUUUCCAUUGUUUUACUUUUAUCCCAUUGUGUAUAGCCUUGUUAGCCUGGAAACGAUAGGACCAACUGAAGAAUUUUUAGUGAAUAAAUAAUUCUGCAUUGAUCUGUAUUCUGAAGGGGAGAAACAGUUUUGAGUUUAAAAAAAAAAACUCUUUUUAUCAUGAGGGAAAGUGGGAAUAUAUUUUUUUAAAAAUGGAUUGGGGCUUUGCAGUGCUUUAGGGCACACAGAGACACCCCUGCUUCCCAAGACAAGACAAUGCUGCUUUAAAGAGUUGCAAACAGGAGCUACGGCCUGGCU